CAGGCGCUGAGGAAAAGUCCAGGAAGAGCAGGCGGACGUACGAGUUUCUGCGCUCCAAAUCGGUAAAGGCUGUGUAGACCACCGAUGAGAUGUCAUCAUCUGUGGAGCGGUUUUUCCUGUACAAGUAUUGGUGAGGAUCCACAGUGACAUCGAUAGAGUCCUUGAUGUGGGCCAUCACCAGCCUCUUGAAGCACUUCAUGACUACCUGUCACUACGGAGCUCUUAGGGACAGGGAUAAUUGUGGCAGUCUUUUGACAGGAAUAAAGCCAAGUUCUGAAGGCAGUUGUUUGUAUUUGUGGGAUAAACAAGACAGUAUCACCGCAUUGUAUCUUCGCAAGGACCAUGGCUGAAAGAGCCGAGGAGGACAUUUGCAUCUUGCACAACGAGAAACUGACACUCUUCUGCGUAGACCACCACGAGUCCGUGUGCCUCAUCUGCAAAAAAUCGGAAGUCCACGCCGGCCACAAGUUUCGCCCUCUUGAUAAAGUUGCGCAGGGCGACCGAAAGAUAAUCCAGGAUUCCCUGCAGUUGGCGCGGAAACGACUGGAAAAUUCUAUUGAGGUUAGAGACAACUGCAUUGAACAAGCGGCCUACAUCAAGGUCCAAAGGGAGCGGAUUGACAGCAAAAUUAAGAAGGAUUUUGAAGAGCUUCAACAUUUCCUGCUGGUUGAUCAGGAGGCCAAGCUAUCUGCGGUGAGAGAGGAAGAACACAUGAAGAGCAAGAUGAUCAGGGAGAAGAUCGAGGCUGUCAGCAGAGACAUCGCCGCUCUCUCACACGUGAUCAAAAGCACAGAGGAUCAGCUUAUGUCUCACCACGCUUCCUUCGUGAAGAACUUCCAGACCACAAUGACGACAAUCCGAGAGCUGCCCAUUAGGUCCGAGCGGCUCCGAGGCGUUCUGCUGGAUGAAGUCAAACAUGUGGGCAACCUCAAGUUCACAGUGUGGGAACGUAUGAAGGAGAUCGCCCCGUAUAGUCCCGUGAUUCUUGACCCAAACACAGCCCGUCCGGAACUCGGUCUGUUUGAAGAUCUGACCGGGGUGAGUUUGACAGAAGGACAGCAGCGUCCAAAGAAUCCAGAGAGGUUUAAGUGGAGUACUGUGCUCGGCUCUGCUUUGACCAUGGGAACACACGUGUGGGAUGUUGAGUUGGGAGGGAACACACACUGGGUACUCGGGGUUAUAUGGGGGGAUACUUGUUUGCAAGAGAGCACACACACAUUGCUCAUAGGAUGUUGCGAUGAUAAAUACCUGAUCUUUGAUGGCCCAUACGGAUCUUGGAAUCCUCCCGUAAAACUGCAGAGGAUCCAGAUCCGUGUGGACACGAACAAAAGAUCAGUUUCAUUCUCUGAAUCGCUUACAAACACCGAAUUAGGCACAAAGCAGAACCCUUCUAAUUGGCCAGAUUUGGCUGGUAAUGCCAAAGCCUAUCCUUACUUUUACACGACGGAUAAAAUUCCUUUGAAAAUAGUACAGCUUCUACCUUGUGUUACUGCAUAAUAGGGCUGAAACUAACGAUUAUUUUUUAAAUUGAUUGAACGGAUGAUUAAACAGUUAAUUGGCUAAAUUACCUUCACAAUUUAACUUGAAGUUGUUUUAGGCAUGUUGUAAGAAACAAUGAAGACAAAAUGGAUGACUUAAAAAAUAUUUUAAUUAGGGCUGUCAAAAUUAUCGCGUUUACGGGAGGUCUUUUUUUUUUUUUUUUAAAUCAAAUAUCGAGAAUAAAGAGGGAAAACAUAACUACUGUUGUGUAUCCCAAAGUAGCGAAGUAAGAGUAGUGGUUUUUUCUUCAUGAAUCUACUCAAGUAAAAGGAACGGACUACAUGGAACGCGUCAUUACCCACCUCUGACGUUAACGUAUACAUGCUAAUCGUUUGUGUGGAUGGUUAUUGCUGUAUCAGCAGCUAAUUAUAAACGCUAAUUUGAAUUGCUGUUCUUGAAGAUGAAACUGAUUUAAUUUCAUUUUUAAUGUUGAUUUCAUUAACGGCUGAACGUUGUCAGCAAACCACACCGAAGUCUGACAUUGUCAUUUUUUUAGCUUAGCUUGCUGUUUAUCUAGGACUUAGCUCCAACAUCUUGGCAAGGACAGUACAAUGAUGUAUAAUACUAGGGCUGUCAAAAUUAGCGCGUUAACGGGCGGUAAUUAAUUUUUUAAAUUAAUCACGUUAAAAUAUUUGAGGCAAUCAACGCACAUGCCCCGCUCAAACAGAUUAAAAUGACAGCACAGGGUCAUAUGCACUUGCUACUUGUGUUUUUUUCACCCUCUGCUGGCGCUUGGGUGCGACUGAUUUUAUGGGUUCAGCACCAUGAGAAUUGUGUAAUUAUUGACAUCAACAAUGGCGAGCUACUAGUUUAUUUUUUGAUUGAAAAUUUUAAAAAUUUUAUUAAAAUGAAAACGUUAAGAGGGGUUUUAAUAUAAAAUUUCUAUAACUCGUGCUAACAUUUAUCUUUUAAGAACUACAAGUCUUUCUAUCCAUGGAUCCCUUUAACAGAAUAUGUUAAUGCCAUCUUGUUGAUUUAUUGUUAUAAUAAACAAAUACAGUACUUAUGUACAGUAUGUUGAAUAUAUAUAUCCGUCUUGUGUGUUAUCUUUCCAUUCCAACAAUAAUUUACAGAAAAAUAUGGCAUAUUUUGUAGAUGGUUUGAAUUGCGAUUAAUCACGAUUAAUUAAUUUUUAAACUGUGUUUAACCCGAUUAAAAAUUUUAAUCGUUUGACAGCCCUAAUUUUAAUACAGCUUUCUGACUUAAAGUGCCUAUGACAGCAAAAAGCAUGUUUAUUUGAUAUUUCACGUGGUAUUUCAUGUUCCUGAAUGAAAUGGACCGCUUGGAUGUGUGUGGAAGCGAUAGUUUUAUUUAUUCAAUUUUUUAAAUCCUGCACCAUAAAAAUGAGUGACUUCCGGCUCCAGUCUCAGGUUGAGGAUGAAUGCAAAUGUGACGUCACCCGGGUCAGCAUCUCACAAUACAGCAUUGCUUUAUAGCAUGCAGAUGGACUGCAGAUUAGGUUGAUUUUAUGGAUUAAUUUCUUUAUUUUUCGCAUCACGUCCGCCAAAUUUGCUGAUGGGUUUUGUUGCUGCACCAGGGAUAGGCGUGUGAGCCUUUUUGGGUUUCAAAAAAUUCCCAUUUAGCCCGAGAUUGGCCAAAACAAGUCCAACAACUGGGGGACCGCUGGACUUACGAGGACGUGAGUAAACAUCGUGUUUUGUAUUAUGUCAAAUACUGGGAUCAUGGCACGCGUUUUAAUACGGAAGAGGCUUGCAUUUUGUGGCUGACAAUGCUCCUUGUCCACUGAGAAUGCCACUCGGCCAAUGACCGGCGGCUUGUCGCACACCCGAGCCGGUCCUCUUCGCGUGCCCGCCAGGAGAGCACUAUACUUGGCUUAUGCUAGUGCGGUUCUCUAUAUCAUCCAGACUUCCAGCCUCCUCUGCCCUCGUCGUGUGCCUGGCAAUAGACCACUAUUCUCGGGUUGAGCUCGGGCAGCUACGCGGUCCUCCGACGUCGGCCUGUUUGUUCGGUGGUCAUUCUCCAGCUGCUUCCAUGGCAAACGAGCUCUCUUUCUCACAGCAGGGGAACGACGAGCUGUAACUUGCUCGCCUCCGGGGGUUGCCGAUCCAUGAAGACAAUCGACAACUCCGCCGCCGUGUGAGAUGAUCCGGGGUAGUUAUGUGUGAUUUUUUUGCUUCAAAAGGUGACAAUAAGAUUUGGAAACACCGCUCUGUUCAGGUUACCAUGUCGGCUAGCUGUCACGCCUCCUGAUUUGUUUACGCUCUCUGAAGCCGGGGGAGGGAAAUGACAAAAGCCGGACUAACUCCGGUAGCAUAAAAUAUCGUUCGGGAGGUGCAACAAGUCGACAGCUUUAACCAUUAUGGAGUAAUUUUGCCCUGUCGUAUUGAAUAAAAGCAUUAUUAAUAUUUCAUAUUCAAUUUAGCACAAGACUGUUAUUUGUCAUCACCAUACCAUUUAUUUAGCAAUUGGCGAAAAAUACUUAGAUAAAAAAAAAAUAUCCUGUAAAAAUUGUUGAGUAGAGAGAUUGAAACAAUGACAUUUUGCUGCUCUUCGUCGCAUUUUCCUCAUUCUGAAUAAUUUCCCCUAAAUGGGCUGAAUUCCAAAUCAGAUGAAAUAGUGACCCUGCCGAUGUCAUCCACCAGCUGGAGACGCUAGAGCGCUAUAAUGACAGGCAGGGACUUUCUCGUCAUCUGCGCUUUGCCAAAUUGUUGUAUAUAGUCAGAUCGUCUCAAAAUAUGAUUCUAACUCACAUAAUAACGCUAUUUAUGAUUUUUUUAUGCUGUCACAGACACUUUAACUGUAGUCUACAACUGUACUUUUUAGGUACACAAAAUGUACUAAAGUUUUUAAUAAAGGUUCUGAGUACAAAACAUAAAAAUAAUUUCUCGGUACACAAAUUAAGGAAAAACAUUGCAAUAAAAUAAUACAAACUGGUUAAACUAAACUGAGAGCUGUCAUGCCAGAACAUCGCUUCAAUGAUAUCUGGUUACAUCUAGCGUCGUGAAUGGGGAGAGUAGCUGAGAUCUGUCACAACAGAACAUCGCUUCAAUGAUAUCUGGCGUCAUCUAGCGUCGUGAAUGGGUAUAAUGUCUAGAACGCGAAUAUAAGACAACCCCCUCUUUUUCAGUCUUAUUUCAAUGCAAAAAACACCAUCUUAUAUUCGGGCCAAUACGGUAUUUUAAAAUGUGAUUCUACAAGAGCCAUACAGUGUGUGUCUAUGUGUAUGUUUAUGUAUAAAAACACACUGUAGAUUCGAUGUUCUUUUGCCAGCUUGUCCGAGUCAGUUUUGUAAGCACUGUGUCUUUCGUGAACGCAUUUGAAUGCAUUACAUGGGAGGCUAAGGUUGGUCAAGCUCUGCUUUUACGAGAACUCGCCGAGUUGCGAUUGAAAUAAAUCUUGAGAAAACGACAAAGAAAGUCUAACAUCGUUACUUGUGUUGUUACAAUAGUUGCGCAGUUGUGCACUCACCACAAGGAAAAUAACAAAUAGAAACAUGGUGUGGUGGCGCGGAAAUUUCCUGGAAGUGGAAACCACAAUCGGGGACGAUCAGGGUGACGUGUGCAUAACAGUGGCCGAGACAGGUCUGGGUCGUUUUGUGAGUCUCGCUCAAUUUGACAGUCCAAAAAGUCACAAAAGCACGCCUGUGUUUAAGGUAACACGCGGUUCCCUUUCGGGGUUUAAUUUUCCCCAAUGUAUUUUUUUUUAUAUACUCCAGUUCGCUCGGCAUUGACUCGGCAUUCACCCGCGUGGUGACUUAACACAUGAGGUGAUCUCGCCCAUCUCCGCGCGACCUGACUUGGAGCAUAUUUUUGCGACGUACAAUUGAAGUGUCAAAGAUUAUUUUGUGAAUGUGCCAUCAGCUCAUCAUAGCUGGUUCAUGUCAAGCGAGCCGGCCUGUUCCACAUUUAAGAGGAUGGGUUGGUAAUUCCUCGUGAAACAUAAGUUCCCGACCCCUGCUCAAAGUUGUUAUAUGAAUGGGUUUAUGUGUGUGGUUUCUGUAUAUAAAUAAAUGAGACAACUUUGCUGACAAUAGCUCAAAAGCUAAUAUGGUUCUCCAAAACACAAUACAAACGGACACUUAAGACACUGAUCAGCAUAAUCUUUAACUAGCUUAGCGCUCCGUACUAAGUAGUAACGUCUCAUCAACAAAGAAUACGUACAAAACAAUUGGCUUCAUUUAUUCACUUCUGGCAGAGGCACGCUGGAUCUAACAACACAAAAGACAAUCUAACUCUUAACAUUUGAGUGUGGCAGUGAACUCUCUCUCUCAAUCUAAUCACUGGCGCGCGUGCAGCCUUAUACCAGUAAUACACUGCUAGCCAAAAGUAUUGGCACCUCUGCAAUUCUGUCAGAUAAUACUCAAUUUCUCCCAGAUAAUGAUUGCAAUUACAAAUGCUUUGGCAGUAAUAUCUUAAUUUAUUUUGCUUAAAAUGAAAAAAACAAAAGAGAAUGAAAAAAAAUUAAAUCGUUAUCAUUUUACAUUAAACUCCAAAAAUGGGCAAGGCAAAAGCAUUAGCACCCUCAGCCUAAUACUUGGUAGCACAACCUUUACUAGGGGUGUAACGGUACACAAAAAUCUCGGUUCGGUACGUAUCUCGGUUUUGAGGACACGGUUCGGUUCAUUUUCGGUACAGUAAGAAAACAAAAUGCAAAAUAUAAAUGUGCAAGUUGUUUAUUACACACUUUUGUGAUUUCAACAAUAGGAACAUUAGCCUAUACAAAGCUAGAAUUCUGCUCAAAAAGUAGCGGGUAUUUAAAGAUAAUCCAACAACAAUUUGCCUUUCAGACCCCGCGUAUUGGUCAGCUUUCUUUCUGAAAGAAAGAAGAAAAAAGAAGUCCUGUGCUAAAGAGAAAAGCAAUCCCAAUGACAAAGAUUUUAACACGUAUUUUCCAAAUGAAAUGCCUCAAUGAAUCUUUUUUUUUUCUUAUGAACGGUUUUCAAAAGCUUUAUUGGUGGAUUUUCUCAAGUUAAAGCACCACACAGAAAUGAAUAAAUUGAAUUCUGUAAGCCGGAUCUGUGUAUUAUUCUUAUUAUUUAAUUACAGGUGUUUUAGCCCAUUUCAAUUUAUUUUAUUUAAAUGGGCUAUUAUUUAUUUAAUUAUGUGUUUAUAUUUUCCAGAUGUGAUGUAGUCUUCAUUUAUAUUGUAUAUUUUAUGUUGUAUAACUUUAGUUCCAAUGUGAAUAUUAGUUCCUACUUGUUUUGUUGUGGUAGGAGGGUUUUGUAUUGAACACGGGGCCGUGUUGGUUAUUAUCAUAGCAGAGAAGACAGCAGUAAAUCAACAAAGACAAGUCAACUGUGCCCCGAUCUACCACUCAAGAGAUCUGAUCGACUCAAAAAGUGGGUUACGAUUGCAUAUUAGUUUGAAAAUCGACCGGAUCCACAGUAUUUUUACACGAGUGACUUCCGGUCUGCCCGAUUCUAGCUACCGGUAGUAGUAUUGACGCAGGAGGGUCACGUCUCGCGUCAAAAUAUACUCAAAUAACUCAGCCGUUCUUUUCGCGUUCGUCGUGCUGAGCCGCUUCUGGGACGCGUCUAACAUGCAGCCGCACUGCGACUGGUGUGCAUUGGCUGAUUGACUUAAACGCCUGCGUUUCACUGCGUUCUCGCGGCGGCCACGUUGUCGCUCCAUUGACGUUUCUGGGUUAUACUGUCAUACCGUGUUGGUCCUCAUUAUAGAAGAGAAGACGGAGUAAAUAUAAUCUAAACAAAGAAACUGUAACCCGAUCGACUCACAGCCUCGAAAAGUAAGGGUUACAUUACGUCAGAAACUCGUUCGGUACGCCUCCGUUCCGAACCGAGCACCGGGUACCGAAACGGUUCAAUACAAAUACAUGUACCGUUACACCCUUAACCUUUACACAAAAUAACUGCGAACAACUGCCUCCGGUAUCAAUCAGUGAGUUUCUUACAAUUCUCUGCUGGAAUUUUAGACCAUUCUUCUUCAACCAACUGCUCCAGGUUUCUGAGAUUUGAAGAGUGCCUCCUCCAAACUUCCAUUUUCAGAUCUCUCCACAGGUGUUCUAUGAGAUUCGUGUCUGGAUUCAUUGCUGGCCACUUUAGAAGUCUCCAGUGCUUUCUCGCAAACCAUUUUCUAGUACUUUUUUAGGUGUGUUUUGGGACACUGUCCUGCUGGACCCAUGACCUCAAUUAUAAUGUAUUGAAUCGGGUUGUAAUGUGGCGGUUGUGUUUUGCAUGCUGUUCCUGAAUGCAGUGUGUGACUGACCAAUUGCGGACGGUGCGGAAGAGUUUUUACUUUCUCUUUUCAUGUUUUUGUUGGCGUCGGCUACGGCGGACAGUAGUCAUGUUGUGCUGAACAAGUUCUGAAAAAAAUUAUUAAAAACGUGA